AUGGAAGUAGCUCCUUUGGCCCUGGCCCACACUCAUGCCCGGAACGCAGUACUCGAGACUCGCAAGGCCAACCCAGUCGCUGCCAGCGAGGAACAUGAUCUAGCUGCUGGUGAAUUUGCAACCGCUGCACAGAGCAGCUCCGACCAUGAGGCCCUACGGACCCUACGUUUGCUCGAAACUCACCACAAGAAGCUCGCCGAAAUCCUCCGAUUCCAGCAUGAACAUCCAACCAAUACCCCUGCUGAACCGGCAUCUGCUACUGCCACCUCAGCAUUAGCGACCCAGCAAACCACAGCCGAGACCGGGGGCACAAAGAGCCUAGGCACGACCCAGGACGCACAUCUACCACCAAGGUUGGUAGGCAACGCUCGUCUGCCAAGUCGGGAUAAAUCCUCCAUUGCUAGUAACUUAGCAUCCGCCCGAGGAAUCCCAUCGCACCCCCGACGUGGAUCGCCGGUGUCGCCCACACUUACGUCGCAACAUGUCGCAGCAAAGAUGACCGAGGCGCCACCGAGGGCUAAAGCCGGUGAAACAAAGCUACGUGACGGAGCAGCCAAAAGUCGACAAAGUCGUAUUUCUGCACCCAGACAACCAUGGUCUCCCCCGACACCCAGUACUGAGGUAGUUUCCCAGCAAACUGUACCUCCUAGUGCAGGUGAAGCCGGCGGAUCGAAAGAUAAGCCUGCAAUUACCGACGAAGCGUUCAAUCGCUUCUACUCGGCCUUCGGGGGACUGGUUUCCAAGGUGUCUGGACCUUUGGCAUUCGCAGGGAUUCAAAUGGGGUCUACGGAUCCAGUCCGCGCUGAACAGAGCCGCAAGUCCUCAGCCGAGGUGAAAGUGGACCGUGAUCAUGCCGUUCUAGAUCGGUCCAUGACUGCAGGUGAGCCUGACGUGAACAAGCUGUUCUCUCGAGCUGCAUUGCGCUCGAUUCGGGACGGCUCUGGGGCAGGUCCCGGGAACCCAGCAGAGUCAUUCUAUGUAGUGCCAACCACGGGUGGGACCAUGUCAUACGCUGGGAUCCUCACCCGAGCUGACAAGCAGGCACGCCGAAAUAGCAUUGAGGAUGGUGAUGAUGACUUUGUGGAUGCUCGGGAGACCCCUUCGUCUCCUGAAAUGCGUCACAGUGCCAGUGGUUCACGCGUAUGGGCGGGACGCCGCGGCGCAUCCGAUAAGCUCACUGCUCCGCAGACACACAAGACAAUGGAAGAGAUACAGAUGGAGAACGAGACCUUGAGGAAUUUGACCGAUUCACUUGCGACACGAUUGCAUAUGUGGGAGGUGAGCGCGCAAUCUUCGUCGAUGGCGCUUCAGCAAUCAAUCCGAAUGAUGCACCGCCAGAGCGGCGGAACACCUGAUUAUGCCCAGCCUUCAACGGCCACUACCUCUCCUGUUGCUACGCUGACUGCGCCGCCGGCUGCGGCUGAUACUGACGCGCGGAUCAAAGAACUGGAGGAGCAGAUCCAGCGCAGUGAGAAGAAACUUGAAACUGCCACUCACGAGAAUGACAAGCUCAAAAAUGUCCUUGGGCGUUACCGGGACCGCUGGGAGAAAUUGAAAGAGGGUGCCAAAACUCGAAGAGCGGAGGGUCGCUCUGGUGACAGUCAGAGCAAUCCACCUGCGAGUGGUGCUAGCAAGCCGUCGGACCCCUCGGCCUCUCCCGAUCCCGGUCGAGGUCCUUCUACUGGUCAAGCAGGCUCUCGUGCUGCAGGUGAUAACCCGGCAUAG